AAGAAAACCCUGCUCAGCUGUGACACACACCGGAGACCCGAGACUCGUUAUUACAACCGGCACAUUUAAUAUUCUUGUCGAAAAUGGAUUUGUGCUCGAGGGGCGGAGGCGGCACCGGGAGGCGGUAGAGCGGCGGCGCGGCGCGGCGGGGUCAAAAGGCGCGUGGUGCGCGCGGCGGCCGCUUCUCCGGUUCUUCAUUCUCUCCGCCGGUUGAACUCACACGAGCUCCGUGAGGCGCGUGCUGCUCGGUCGGUCGGUGGCGUGCGUGACAGUGCGUGAGCGCGUGUGUAUGUAUGUGCGUGAGUCAAGCAGGCCAGGCGCGUGCCAGCGGAGAGAGGAGCGGGGGGGGGGGCGACGACGAAGACAGAAGAGCGGCGACGGACGCAGGCGACGCGACCCGCUAGCAACCGCACGGUUCACCGCGAGAGAUGGUCCGGUCCGCCCCGGGAGUCCCGCUGCUGCUGCUGCCGGUGCUAACAUGCCUCCUCCGGUACAGCGCUACCGUCCACGGCACGAAGACGGAAUGUGAGGCCAGCCAGUUUCAGUGUGGGAACGGCCGCUGCAUCCCGUCCGUGUGGCAGUGUGACGGAGACGAGGACUGCAGCGACGGCAGCGACGAGAACUCCUGUGUUAAGAAGACGUGUGCCGAGUUGGACUUUGUGUGUCAGAACGGCCAGUGUGUCCCGAAGAGGUGGCACUGCGAUGGGGAGCCGGACUGCGAGGACGGGUCGGACGAGAGUCUACAAAUCUGCCACAUGAGGACGUGUCGCGUGAACGAGUUCAGCUGCGGAGCCGGGUCCACCCAGUGUAUCCCCAACUUCUGGAAGUGUGACGGAGAGAACGACUGUGACAGUGGAGAGGACGAGGUCAACUGUGGUAACGUCACCUGUGCCCCGAAUGAGUUCACGUGUGCCAGCGGUCGCUGCAUCUCGCGCAACUUCGUGUGCAAUGGCGAGGACGACUGCGGCGAUGGCUCGGACGAGGUGGAGUGCGCGCCGUCCUCCUGCGGCCCCAGCGAGUUCCAGUGCGGCAACUCCACGUGCAUCCCGGCGAGCUGGGUGUGCGACGACGACGUCGACUGCCAGGACCAGUCGGACGAGUCUCCGUCUCGUUGCGGCCGCCACCCGACACCGCCGGCCAAGUGCUCGUCCAGCGAGAUGCAGUGUCGCUCCGGAGAGUGUAUCCACAAGAAGUGGAGGUGCGACGGAGACCCUGACUGCAAGGACGGCAGUGACGAGGCCAACUGUCCUGUUCGCACCUGUGGAUCAGAUCAGUUCAAGUGCGAUGAUGGAAACUGCAUCAUGGGCAGUCGACAGUGUAACGGACUCAGAGACUGCGCCGAUGGAUCCGAUGAAGUCAACUGCAAAAACAGUAUGUUGACUCAGUGUAACGGACCGGAGAAGUUCAAGUGUCGCAGCGGCGAGUGUAUCGAGAUGAGCAAAGUGUGCAACAAGGCCCGAGACUGUCCCGACUGGAGCGACGAGCCAAUCAAGGAGUGCAGCGUGAACGAGUGUCUCCUGAACAAUGGCGGCUGCUCGCACAUCUGCAAAGACAUGGUGAUCGGCUUCGAGUGCGACUGCACACCUGGACUGCAGCUCAUCGACCACAAGACCUGCGGAGACAUCAACGAGUGUCUGAACCCGGGCAUCUGCAGUCAGAUCUGCAUCAACCUGAAGGGAGGAUACAAGUGCGAGUGCCACAACGGCUACCAGAUGGACCCGACCACCGGAGUGUGUAAGGCUGUCGGUAAGGAGCCCUGCCUGAUCUUCACCAACCGCCGAGACAUCCGACGUCUGGGCCUGGAGAGGAAGGAGUACACUCAGAUCGUGGAGCAGCAGAGGAACGCCGUGGCUCUGGACGCGGACUUUGACCAGCAGAUGAUCUUCUGGGCCGAUCUGGGCCAGAAGGCCAUCUACAGCACCGUGAUGGACAAGCGGGGCGACGUCGGCGCCCACAGCAAAGUGAUCGACAACGUCCAGACGCCGGUGGGCGUCGCCGUGGACUGGAUCUACAAGAACCUGUACUGGUCCGACCUCGGCACCAAAACCAUCUCCGUGUCCAACUUCAACGGCACCAAGCAGAAGGUUCUGUUCAGCCGAGGCCUCAAAGAACCGGCUUCCAUCGCCGUGGAUCCGCUGUCAGGGUUUCUGUACUGGUCCGACUGGGGCGAGCCAGCCAAGAUUGAGAAGUCUGGUAUGAACGGAGUGGACAGACAGGUUCUGGUGGCGACAGACAUUCAGUGGCCUAAUGGAAUCACUCUGGAUCUGAUCAAAGGCCGGUUGUACUGGGUCGACUCAAAGCUGCACAUGCUCUGUAGCGUCGACCUGAACGGGGACAACAGGAAGAAGAUCCUCCAGUCCUCCGACUUCCUGGCUCAUCCCUUCGCUCUCACCGUGUUCGAGGAUCGAGUUUUCUGGACGGACGGUGAGAACGAGGCGAUCUACGGCGCCAACAAGUUCACCGGCUCCGACGUGGUGACGCUCGCCAGCAACCUGAACGACCCGCAGGACAUCAUCGUCUACCACGAGCUGAUCCAGCUGUCAGGAACCAACUGGUGCAGUGAGCGAGGAGAGAACGGCGGCUGCAGCUACAUGUGUCUGCCGGCGCCGCAGAUCAACAAGCACUCGCCCAAAUACUCAUGCGUGUGUCCGGAGGGACAGGAGCUGGCUGCCGACGGCCUCCGCUGCCGACCCGAACAUUCUACCAACGCUCCCUCAAAGGAUGAUGGGAAGGCUGUAACACAGCCGCCCCCAGAAGCCAACGUGAGCACGUCGAUCCAGUUGAACUCCACAGCCAGAGGCUCGGCUGCUGCCUGGGCCAUCCUGCCCGUCUUGCUGCUGGCGAUGGCGGCGGCGGGCGGGUACCUGAUGUGGAGAAACUGGCAGCUGAAGAACCAGAAGAGCAUGAACUUCGACAACCCCGUCUACCUAAAGACCACGGAGGACGACCUCAACAUCGACAUCACCCGGCACGGCGCCAACGUGGGCCACACCUACCCUGCGAUCUCCAUCGUGAGCCAAGACGACGACUUGUCCUGAUCCUCUCUUGGGGUUUUUUGUUCGUUGUUGUAUUUUUGUUGUUGUAUUUUUUACGGCAGCCCCGUAGCGUUGCAUGGCGCCUCCUCGUUCCCAUGCCGACCGGUUGUCCGUUGCGGCGGCCACACGCCUUCUGAAGUGCAUUACGUCAUUCAUCUGUGCUGAGGAAUGACGGGCGGAGAUGUUGCUUUUGUGAUAUACAACGAUGAAUUAAGUGUCAUGACUUUUUUGGGGGGCGACGACUUCCUGUUUUUUUUUAGCCCCCUUGCUCUCAAAGGAGUCUGACGCCAUCUUUUUUUCGACAGACGAGAGAGACGCAAUGAAUCUUCCAGUAUUUUUUUGUCUCGUGUUCAGACGAGGAACGUCAAACGUGGAAACCUGAUGAGAUGACGCGGUGAUUCCUCUCGACGCACAGAUCAUCUCUGCUGGACAGGAUCUGAACCACACGACGCGUUCAAAGACAGUUGUCCCAGUUGUUUGUAUAUUUAUGUAAGAUUAAUUUGGGGGGGAAUUAUUAUGUAAAAAAAGAAAUGUACGUUUUUCUUUAUUUGUUGAUUUCUCCUUUCCUACAGUACAUCCUGGAACUCAAUUUUACAAGCAGCUUUCUUAGUGACUAUCUAUCAUCAUAAUUAUUAUUAUUAUUAUUAUUAUUAUUGUUGUAGACGCUGUACGAGGAUCACCAUGGUUACAGCAUCUGUAAACACUGUACAUAUUUAACCCCUCGUCGAUCAGGACUCUCUUCAAUGCACUUUUGAUCAAACGCUCCUCGUUGUAAAUAAGAUUGUAUACAUUUGACUUUAAAUCAAUUUUUUUUGCUAUAGUCAGGCAUCGUAACCGGGGUUACGGAGAAGAGAUGUAUUUAACAGGAAAGUGUAAAAAAAGAAAAAAAAAAUUAUUCUACAAACAACUGAAUUUGGUAAAAAAAAAAAAAAAAACUAUUUUGUAUGUUUGUUGUUGUUGCUGUGAACUUUUUCUAGACUUGUACAGUGACGAGAGGGAACAUUAUUAAAACUCUGUACCUAUGAGGAUUUGCAAAAACCACUUGACAAUUAAAAACCUGAUCCACAACGUU